ACAGACUCCACUUUAUCGAUAUCGGGCACGGCACCCACCAGCGACGAGUAUCUGCCCCAUUCGGUUGUGCCUCCUCCGCCCCUACUAAAUAUAGCUGUUUGUUUUUUUUGUGCCACGAAAUUCGGGAGAAGAAAGUGCCGCCAAAUUGGAUACAUACGAUCUCUAGACAAAAGUACAAGUGCGUGAGAAGUCGCUUUGAAUGUGCAUUGUUCGCUCAUUGGCGUAGGAGGAACUGCCCGAGACAGCCAUGCGAUUGGCAUUGAUACUGUGCACUCUGAGUGCGGCCGUGUGCCUGGCCAGUGGCUUGGGUCAGCCGGAGGCGCCCACCAAGGCAUCCAGCUACCCCAAGAAGGUGACGACGCUGAAGAAGCGACCGACCAAGACGCCGACCGCGGCGACCACUUCCACAUCGGGCAGCACCACAUCCGGCAGGGGGGGAACAAGCAGCAGUGGGACGACCACCAAGCCGAGCAAGCCACGCGUGAAGAUCGGGAAGACCACCAGACCGAGCACCGUCACUAGAGGCAGCACCAAGGCACCCGCCUUGGCCGCGAGCUUUAGCAACCUGCCCGCUGAUGAUCUGGAGUUCAUCAAGGAGCUGGACAAGCAGUUCAAGCUGCAUGGGGACAAGAUCAAGAUCAAGGUGGAGCGGGACAAUUCCACGGGUAGUGGCGGCAAGAACAGCAAGCGGACGAUCGAAGGAGAUCUGGGAUAUGGCUAUGCCCAUCAGGGGUACGACUACACGCCGCCCAAGUUCAUGUUCUAUCCGUACUCCCAGCACGACAUUCCGGCCACAGAGGCGCCACUAGAUACCUAUGGGAGCUAUGCUCCCUCCGGCUUUGCCCAUCCCCAGCCGCAGGAGCCAGAAGAACCGCAGGAGCACCAACAGCCACCGCAGCAGCAACAGCAGCAGCACGUGACAAGCGUGACCAUCGAGCCCUCGUAUUCCUACGAGCUGAAGCCACAGACUACCUACGAGACACAGCCCCCACAUCCGACACAGCCCCAGGAGCACCAACCGCAUCAGGCGCAUCCAAGCCAUGGCCUGGAGCAGCCGCAGAUCGAUCUGCCUCAGGAGGAGGAGCAUGCGGAUCAGGGCGGCUACCAGGAGCCCGUCAUCGUCCUGCGCAUCCCAGGCCCCGCAAAGUACGCAGCCCAUCUCCAGACCCUGUUGCAGCAGUACCUGGAGAUCCGAGCAGCCCAGUACUUGAGCCUGCUCCAAGAGGCCGAGCAGCACCAGCAGCAGCAGCAGCAACACCAUCAACACCAGCAGCAGCAGCAAUCUUUGGAUCUCUCGCAGCAAUAUGGUGCCCCCGAUCAGGGGCCCUACCAUCCCGAUGUGAGCUAUUCCCACCAACUGGCGCCAACGCCCCAGCCAGUACAGUAUGCGGCCAUCGACGAUGUCUACCAGAGCUACAAGGGGCGCCACCAGCAGCAGCAACAGCAUCAGCAGCAGGUGCAGCAGUACGAACAGCCACCGCCCGAGGCCUACUAUGCGCCAACAGGCUACCAGCAGCAGACACAGUUCUACUACGCCCAGCCGCAGUCCCAUGGCCAUGGUCAGGGCCAGGCACAGCCGCAGCUCUACCUGAUAGCCAUGGCCCCACAGCCGGAAUAUGUCGAUGCAGCCCCGCAGGCGGACUACGGCGAACCGCUGCCACAUCCGCCGCAACAGCAACAUCAGGCACAACAGCAACCGAUCUAUGUGCCCGAGUCAGAGCCACCCACUGCCCCCGAGGCGGAGCACGAGCAGGAGCAGGAGCACGGUCUCCCCAUCACGGAGAACAAUCCGCGGCCCACCCACACCAAGGUCAUAUUCAAUUCGCACCCCAGCCACACGUACCCUACCCUGCGCCAGUACUCCCAACAGCAGCAGCAGCAGCAGCAGCACCACCACCAGGAACAGCAGGAGGAACAGCAGGAGGGCGCCUCCGAGGAAAGUGCUCCGUCUCAGCGGCCGUACAACUACCAUGCCCACGGCCUCAAGAUGCGCCAGGGCAAGCGUUCGGCGAAGGCGCACCCCGAGGCCGCGGCGGCAGCAGCCGGCGACCAGCGGCUCCAACAGAUCCGGGAGUACGUGCGGGAGAAGCUCGGUGCAGAGAUGGGCUCGGCGGUGGAGUACAAGACGACGCAGCUGCUGGAGGGCUAAGGGCUCAUCCAUUCUUAGUAGUAUCUCGUAAUCGUAGUCGUAAUGCUGUUGAAGUUGCUUCUCGUGCCUGAAAUCCGUUCAUUAGUAUUUAUUCUGCCCAACCUCCUGUGGGAUUGGAGUUUCUCCAGAUAUCGGAUUACUACCAAUCCACAUUGGUGAUUGGCCAUCCAUCAAUCCAUUGCAUACUUAUCGGCGGCAGCUAAGGGAGCAGCCCAGAAGUAUGCAGUGGUUUUUCUAAGAUCGAAUUACUACCGGUUGCAUAUUCCGCCCAGACGUAUGCUGUGGUUUCUCGACGACCCGAGGGAUCCCGGAGGGGAGGGGCUCACCUCAUCUCCGCCUGCGCUUUCAUUCUCAUUUAUUAUGUGUUAUUUGUUUGGUUUUUUUUUUUGUUAACCACAAAAAUGUGCUGAAAACGUGUGCAAUAAUUAGUUUGUAACGAAACGUAGUUCUUGAAUUUACAUAUCUGUACUUAUAUUUUUACAUAAUUAAACGAAACAAAAAUCAA